AUAUUUAGUAUUUUUAACCGUUACGAGCAGCGGGAAACACAGCAACACUGAGUAAACAUAUGUUUUUGUAGCGCAAAAUAAAUAAAAUAGCAUAACACAAAAUGGAAUUUUUACACGAGUCCAUUGCACUGGGCGUGGAUCUGCUAAUACUGGGCCUGUGUGCGCGCGAGUACGUGCACUACAAGCGAACUGCCAAGGUGCUGAAGGCGGCACCGCAAUAUAACAUCGAUGGCGAUCUGAAAUCGGUGGUGGAGCGGCAGCGCGACAAGAAGAUACCAUAUGCGGUAAUCCGGGGCACAGUGACGCCCAUCGGCGUGCCACUUAGGAGCUCCCUGGUGCCCAGUGUGAGUGGAGUUCUGCAGAUUGUGAAGCUGCACGAGCACAGGGUAACGCGCGGAUUCGCCGGCUUCUGGACGGAACACCACAAGUUGCUGCACGAGUCCGCCAACGAGAUGCCCUUCGAGUUGCGUAACCAGAGCCAUGGUGUGGAGAUUGUGGACGCCUUGAGUGCCGCCGUCUUGGACGUGGACGUGGUCUACGACAACUACGAGCCCUCCAAUCUGUCCCUCUUCGACCAUGUGUUUGGUUUCUUCUCUGGCGUCCGUCAGAGGGGAUUGCAAACGACGGAGGAGGUACUCAGGGAAGGCAGCUUCCUGACCGCUAUUGGUGAACUGGAGUUGGAUGGCAAUACACUGCGCAUGCAGCCCUCCAAUGAGGGACCGCUCUUCCUGACGACUGCCACCAAGUCCACGCUCAUUAAGCGGUUCGAAGAUGCCAAGGCAACGUCAAUACUCAAGCUGGUUGUGUGCAGCACCAUCUCUGUCAUCCUGGUUGCCUUCAUUGCUAAGAAAAUCUACCGGAAACGGAAACAGGAGCGGGAGGAGGCCAAAAUCCGCGACCGCCUGGAGACGGAGCGCCGGGAGCGGAGGGCGAGAAGUCGUCCUCACACUCUGUCCCAGGAUCAACUCUGCGUUGUGUGCUCCACCAAUCCCAAGGAGAUUAUCCUUCUGCCGUGUGGUCAUGUGUGCCUCUGCGAGGACUGCGCCCAGAAAAUCUCCGUCACCUGCCCCGUGUGCCGUGGUAGCAUCGCCUCCAAGGCAGCCGCCUUCAUCGCCUAGGAACCAACGAAAUGCCAACAAGAUCACCUUGUACCUGUGUGCACUAAACUUUUUAUUUGUUACAAUGCUAAUGUACGGCAUUUAUUUGAAAUUAUUGAAAGUCUUGACAUCGGAAUGAAAAAAAUCA